AAUCGUUGUGCCGCUGCUGCUGCCCGCUAUUGCUAAUAGGAAACAAGUUAUCAGUUUCAAACUUGGUUGGCAGUUGCACGCAACACUCUAGGAAUGAUGAAGUGCACAAUUUUAAUGAGUUUGAUUUUAAUGUUUCUGGCUGCCGCUGCCGAUGGGAAGCGUAAGCGGCCCGAGGACAAGGUGAAAUGCCCCAAAGUGAAGUCGCUGAGGAAUUUCGAUUUGCAACAGUUUUUAGGAAAUUGGUACGUAAUCCAGUACUACGCCAGUUCCGAGGAGGCUUUGGCUUAUCGCUGCAUGCAGGCCGAAUUCACCAUGUCCGUACCAUUCAUCGACGUUACCAUGAACUUCACCUACAGCUUCACCGAUGAUCCUCUGAACGAGCAACUGUUAGGUAACAUCACCUGGUCUAUCCCGAAUCCGGCGCAACCCGCGCACUGGUCGCACUCCGAAGAUACAUAUGAAGGCAUCUAUAACACCUAUGUCGUUGAUACCGAUUACUCCUCUUGGGCUCUCCUCUUACAUUGCGCCGAAAAAUCGAAGAGUCCCAGAUACUUAUCCAGCUUCAUCAUGAGUCGUUUACCCAUACUAGGUGUAAACGUGAUAUCCUAUCUUCGAGAUAAAUUGCCCAGAUACGAUAUUGAUGUUAGGUAUAUGUUCGAUAUGUCUCAGAACGAGUGCGACGUCCCGCAGGCCGGUAUUGAAAUUCCGCCGUCUUUGCUUGGAAGUAGAGUGCAAGCUACCAGCAGGAAGCAUCCCAUGAAACACGAUCACGGAAAAUAAUGAAAUAAAUAAUUUGAGCUUAAUCUAACCGGAUGUAAAUAUGUUUAUUAUAUAACUUUAUACU